GUGGACGGUGGCCGGCAGGCUGUGCCCGCCUGCGCACGGGACGAUGCAGCUGCCCCCCGCGCUGCGCACCCGCCUGGCGGGGGGGCCUGGGGCGGCCAAGCCGCUGCCUGUGGAGCGGGACCCCGCGGCCGGUGCUGCACCUUUCCGCUUCGCCACGCGCCUUGUACGCUUCCCGCGGGAGCACGAGUUCUUCGAGGAUGGGGACGUGCAGCGUCAUCUCUACCUCCAGGACGUGCUCUCGCAAGUGGCUGAGGCUCCUGAACGGCCCAGGGUGCCCGAAUUUACCUGUCAGGUGGCAGGCUGCUGCCAGGUGUUCGACGCCCUGGAGGACUACGAGCACCACUACCACACACUGCACAGAAACGUCUGCUCCUUUUGCAAACGGGCCUUCCCCUCGGGACACCUGCUUGAUGCCCACAUCCUGGAGUGGCACGACUCACUCUUCCAGAUCCUGUCUGAGCGGCAGGACAUGUACCAGUGCUUGGUGGAAGGCUGCACAGAGAAGUUCAAGACCAGCAAAGCCCGGAAGGACCACCUGGUGAAGCUUCACCUGUACCCUGCGGAUUUCCGGUUUGAUAAGCCACAGAAAGGCAGAGGCCCGGCCACAGCCGCCGAAACCCUUGGGGCCGACAGGGAGCCGUCAGAAGGGGAGGCCAUGGAAGUCUGCUCUGAACCCACAGCCCCCUCCCCAGCACCUGCGGGUGGGAGGUGGACCUACAGCCAUAGGAUACCUUCCACCAUCUGUUUUGGACAGGGUGCAUCUCGAGGGUUUAAAAGCACCAAGAAAAGAAACAAACACCUCUGAUGAACACAGACAAGAGAAGGAACCAGGCAUCUGAGCAGACCCAGAGGCAGGAGGCCGGUGUCACGAGUGGACCUUUCUCUGACACUCUGCUGUGGCCCUUUGGGAGCCAGGCCUUUGCCGUCCUGCACGUCUCCAUCCCCGGGCGACAUAGCUGUAGUUGUUAUCAGAGCCAGCCAGGGACCCGCAGGCUCCAGAAACGCCCGUGACACUGCAGGGAAUGAGAUGUGAACGGCCUGCCGCCCUGUGCAGGCCCACCCUGAGAAUGUACUUUUUAAACACAUGAAUAUUUUUCACUGA